CCUUUUGUGAAUGGCGCACUCUUCCACGCUUUUAAGCUCUCCCUCCCCGAGCUUUCUUUUUAAUUUGAGUCUCGAAAAACUAGAGAGUUCCAAGAAAAAGCUUAGACACAAACAGAGCCACAAAAAAGUUAUUAAACUCAGUGAGUAGAGGCGUGUAAAGAUGGAGACAACUGAGCCUGAGGCAAACGUAACUCGGAUAAUGUUAGCAGUGAACGAGUCAAGUAUCAAAGGUUACCCUCACGCUUCCAUAAGUAGCAGAGGAGCUUUCGAAUGGACUAUUCAGAAGAUCGUUCGAUCCAAUACUUCCGGUUUCAAGCUUCUCUUCCUCCAUGUUCAAGCUCCUCAUGAAGACGGAUUCGAGGACAUGGACAGCAUAUAUGCCUUUCCUGAGGAUUUCAAGACCAUGAAGCACAGGGACCAAACCAGAGGGCUUCAUUUGCUGGAAUAUUUUGUCACAAGGUGUCAUGAGAUUGGGGUUGCUUGUGAAGCUUGGAUCAAGGAAGGUGAUCCAAAGGAAGUUAUCUGUCGAGAAGCGAAGAGGAUGCAGCCCGAUCUCCUUGUUGUCGGGAACAGAGGACUUGGUCCUUUCCAACGGGUUAUUGCUGGAACUGUGAGUGAAUUCUGUGUGAAGCAUGCUGAGUGCCCUGUGGUAAGCAUCAAACGCAGACCAGGUGAAACUCCACAGGACCCUGUUGAUGACUAAAUUUGUUUCAAUGGCUGUGGAUUUUCUCGUUGUCUUACAGGUGAAGAAACUCCAUAUUACCCUUUUGAUGACAUAAAUUUAAUUUUAAGCCUGUGGAUGUGUCUUUUCACGGUCUUGGUAGACUUGAGACUGUAUGUCUGUGCAUUUUUUCUCAUUGUGAUAAUAGACUUGAAACUGUAGAGUUACUAAUUCAUUUAUCUGCGGGGGACGACAAAUGAAUUGCUUUUUUGUGUUGGGAAAA